UCGACCCAUUCGCUCAUGCUUUAUUUGUCAAAUGUAAAAGUAAUGUAACCUCAAAAAGCCCAGUUGCCUGUUCUUUAAAGUAUUAGUGUGUGAAACAACUCAAUUUGUAUAAAACGUCGCCAUAAAAUGAGUCAACAAGAAAAAUUCCAGUUGUACGUGUACGACGGUGACUAUUCCCUGCCUUCUCUCGACGUCGAAUGCUUAAAAUCGAUACUGUACACCGCCGUAGCCGAGGUGCCUGUCCAAGUGAGGUUAUUAAACAACUUUAAACAUUGUGUAUUCUACAAUGCGCCGACAUUCGUUCACAAGAAUUUGCUGUUUAAGUCGUUUCACGAGAUGAUGUUAUAUUUGAGGACUUUAAACUACAACAUUGACAACAAACUGAGUUCGAAACAAUCCAGUGAAUCCCUGGCAUUAACCAAUUUGGUCCAGUCUAAGUUGAAACCCGUCACUGAGUUCGUGUAUUGGUUGGAUCAAAGAAACAGUGACGAAUUCACAAAUAUAUGGUUCAUGAAAUCUUUACCUAUACCGUUUAAUUAUAUGCGUACGAGGAAAUUCAAAGACCAAGCGAUGAACUUAAUGGAAAUUUUAUAUCCUACGGAGACUAAUCUCGAUUUAUUAAAGGAAUAUCUGCAAAGAAUGGCAACGGAGUGCUUAUCAUCACUUUCAACGAGGCUAGGGACUAGUGAAUAUUUUUUUGGGACCAAACCGACUACAUUAGACGUUAUAGUGUACGCCUACUUGGCACCGUUAGUAAAACUACCAUUUCCUUCAAACGAAAUCAACAAUAUUAUUAAUAUGUGGCCAAACUUAAUCAACUUCGUAAAGCGAAUCGACACUACUUAUUUCCCAAAUCUGCCUAAGCAGCCGAAGUACCUCAAACAACCCGAGAAGACAACCAGUAGCGAUGAAGAUGUGUCGUAUGUGGCAAUUUUAAUUCUUACAGUCAGUGCUACCUCGCUGUUAUUGGGAUUUGCAUUUAGUAAGGGUAUCAUUUCAUCCAAUAUAUUACAGUAAAUACAAAAAUUUUUUAAUUAGGUAUGUAUAUUAAAUUAUUCUGUUAAACCGUCGUUUGUUUUGCUGUAGUUUUGUUUGUUACCUUGUACAAUAAAGACUGAACUUUGUAAAUACACUCUUUUUGAUUG